AUGGGUGAAGCCAUUAAUUAUGACGACUACAUAGUGGCAUGGAUGUGCUUCGAUGAGCUCGUUGAGACAGCACUUCUGCUUAUGCUCGACGAGGAGCAUGGCACAAUUCGAAGCUCGCGCUCAAAGCUUAAAGAUGUUAUCCAGCAGUUCAUAUUCGGCAGAGCAUCCGAGCUCGGCGUUGUUGUUUACUUUCGGCACCCCAAUCUAAGCAACGACCAGUUCUCUAUGUUCGACUUGAAAUCGCGGUUCCCGAAACUUGAACUGGUUGUUAUUAUCACCAUCGAGGACGACUUACCUGACCGAGUCAAUGAGGCAGUUAUUCGUAAGGGAGAUGUUGUGGUUAGCAACCUCUCUGACGAUGGCAGUUUGGAAUACUUGCGUGGAGGCCCAUUGGAUGAAUCCCUUAGGAGAAUCGACACUCAAGCUGAGCUGUUUGGUAUCUAUCAAAACUCAAGUUGCGAGCCGGGCAACCCUGGGCCGCAAGUCAUUAUCGCCCCUAACACUAAAGGCUUCGGGAUGUCACCAUUUGGGGAUGGCACUCUUCAGGGGUUGGUGUGGGGGAUUCGACACCUUCCCUCACUUCUAAUUCAAGGCGUCACAGACAACUGCAAGGCCGACGACUCACUGGCUUAUCCUGCGACCACAGUUGCAGCUUGUGCGAGGCAGAUAACCACUGAGCUAUUUGCCUCAAAACAACUGCUGCCAACGUUAGUUCCCAUCGUCACCUGUGAUCUGUGA